UCUUAUCCAUUGAGCCAGAUCAAAGCAACACAAAGGAUGUGCUCGUACUAACUGAUCACUUCACUAAGUAUGCCAUAGCCAUUCCAACUUCUAACCAAAAAGCCCAAACCGUGGCAAAAUGUCUUUGGGAUCACUUUAUAGUUCCUUAUGGCAUCCCUGAACGAUUACAUAGUGAUCAAGGGCCAGAUUUUGAGUCACACGUAAUAAAAGAACUUUGCAAGAUCAUGGGCAUUCACAAGAUUCGAACCACUCCUUAUCAUCCUAGGGGGAAUCCUGUGGAACGCUUUAACCGCACCUUGUUAAGUAUGCUUGGGACCUUAGAACAUAAAGACAAAACGCAGUGGCGCAACUUUGUAAAACCAUUGGUCCAUGCGUACAAUUGUACGAAAAAUGACACAACUGGAUUUGCACCUUAUGAAUUAAUGUUUGGUCGUCAACCCAGAUUACCUGUUGACCUUGCAUUCAACCUACCUCUCCAAAACAAAAGUUUUAAGUCCCACUCACAAUAUGUGGAAAAACUGAGAACAACUCUCCAAGAAAGCUACAAACUAGCAAUCCAAAAUGCUAACAAAAUGGCCGACAGAAAUAAAGCCAGAUUUGACAUGCGUGUAAAACCAUCCAAACUAGAACCUGGAGACCGAGUUUUGGUGCGAGCCGUUCGUCUUAGGGGUAAGCAUAAACUAGCCGAUAGGUGGGAGACAGACAUUUAUGUUGUGGUAGAACAAGCUGGUGAUCUGCCAGUCUACACCAUUAAGUCUGAAACUAAAGAUGGGUCAGUGCGCACUGUCCAUCGUGACCUUCUUCUACCUUGCGGGUUCCUUGCUCCCACAGAAGAAAAUCCAACUCCGCCAAAUCAGGUCUGCAAACCUAAAACACGGCAGUCCCCUGAGCAAAAUGAAGAAUUCAAUCUUCCUGAACCUGAAAACGAGGAGCUCUAUUGGCUUAGAGAACAACCUGUCCCAGAGCCAAUCAAAUUCACGCGAAUUUAUGAGAUUCCAAAACAGACAUGGCCUAAAAACUUACCUGAAUGUGACACUGUACCUGGAUGUGACAACUUACCUGAAUGUGACAACACACCUGAAUUCAGCAAUGUACCCGAUUGUGAUGACGUUCCUGGCAGUGACCCGGUAGUUCCUUCUGAAGAGAAGUUUGAAGCAGUAGUAAAUACUGAACGGUUGACCCAUGGUAGUGAUUGUAAAAGUGAACCUAACCUACAUAGUGAAGGUGUAUGUGACCAAAAUGUAUCAGAGGACAAACCCAACCACCCAAGUCAUGAAACCACAAAUCCUGUGAGACGUUCAGAGAGACAAACCACUCAACCAAAGAGGCUCCAGUAUAGCCAGUUAGGGAACCCACUCAUAUCCAUUGCCCAGUCCCUAUUCCAUGGCUUAAGCCUUGCUUUUACUAGUGCCUUGAUAGAACCUGAACUUGAAACCACUUUUAAGGGUUCCAGCAUUCCUGUCAUUUCAAAACAACCCAUCCCAUGCAAAGGGACUUGCAUGUUCCAAGGGGGGACAGUGUAACCCAGUGUUUAAAAACACAAGAAAAAAAUAAUAGAUGUUGAUUCAAUGUCUUAUUCUACCAAAAUAGCUAAAAGGUAAUUACGUAAAUCUUCAAAAAAUGUGAAAUAUGCUUUUAGUGUUAGCUUCUAUUGACAGAUUAGGCAGCCAAUGGCUGGCGCGGUCUGGUUUCGUGUCGGCCAAUGGGGUUGAUCGUCCCGCCCCUUUUUAACAGCUGACGGUUGUUUCGCUGCGAACGCUUGAGAGCUAACAGCUGACGGUCGUUUCCGUAAAGAGGUAGAAAGAAAUUGACGAAUCCGGAAAUUGGUAAGGAAAACAAUAUUAAUAUAAAUUCACUAAAUAUAUAAUUCAAAAUACUACAUUCGGUUUUAUUAGAUCUCGGAGGGUUUCCCCCGUGAACAGCUGAAGCCCGAAAAAUAGCCGUUGACAACUCGGAGCAUCGGUCAGGUUUUUUUUUUGGAGUUUGUACAGUACACUUUUGGCUUGGAGGGCCAAAGAUUCCAAGACCCUCUUCUCCUGAAACUGGAUGGCGAGCCCCAGCCCAGAGGACCAGGCGCACGGGUAGAUAGUGACCCGACUGGUCACCAGCUGAGAGACUUUGAGACUGAAGAAUUAAUUCAUUGGAGACUGAAGUAUUCAAUUUAUUUAUUUAUUUAUUUUUUAUAAAAGCGCGCAGUAUUUGUUUGUCUGUUUUAAAUGUGGA